AUAAGCAUCUGGAUGGAUGCCUCAACAAUACUCAAGACGUACAAAGAUAAAGGGCUGAAUGAGGUGCCAAAAUGUUCGUUAGUAAACGAUUGUUCGCCACCGUACCCGUGCAGUAAUCUAUUAACGAAGGAACAAUUGUCACCGCCGAUACAACGCUAUUAUAUCAACAGCAAAGAGCAAGCAGUCCAUUCGAAGCUACAAGAGAUUUAUAUGAUGUAUCGGUAUCCAAUUGUCGUGAUACAUGACCUCACGACAACGUUCGAGAUUGAUCUGGACGUUUUUUCGACUGAAAGUCUGCUCAAGGCAAAUCCAAAUAUGCCAAUCGAUGUGCACAAACAAAUAAAGUAUUCUUCUGAUGAGAAUUGGGAUACACAGCAGAAAAGGAAGGUCUGGAAGUGCUUCAGCCACAAGAGUAGUUCGACAAUUAAAGACUAUGCGCAAUAUCAAGCCCAAACUUUCCUGGAUGAUGACGAAAAUGUGCAUCCCAACAUAUCCACUUCCAGCAGUCCCGGUCAAGUGACCAAGGAUAAAGAGAAAUGGAUAGUAAAAUUCGCUACCAAUGUGGAUUUGUCAAAUGUGGAAAUAUGGAAGCCGCAGUUACAUGAGUUAACGAAGUUACCACCCUUUCUCAGAGUUAAAUGUACUGAUAAUAUGCUUACAUACGUGGGCUUUGAUAUCUUAGGAAUGAAUACCAUACAGUUAUAUAUGAAGGUACCCGGCUGCAGAACGACCGGCCAUCAAGAGAAUAAUAAUUUCUGUUCUGUCAACAUUAAUGUCGGACCGGGCGACUGCGAAUGGUUUGCUGUACCACACGAAUAUUGGGGUACAAUACAUUCGCUUUGUGCGCAAGCGGGCGUCAAUUACUUGAGUGACAGUUGGUGGCCGCCGAAUUUGAACGUUCUACAUAAAAAUAAUGUCCCGGUAUAUAGAUUCCUUCAAAAACCGGGUGAUAUCGUGUGGGUGAACGUCGGUUGUGUGCACUGGGUGCAUGCGAUUGGCUCGUGCAAUAAUGUCGCGUGGAAUGUUGGCCCGUUUACUGCCAGACAAUAUGAAUUGGCUAUAAAACGUUACGAAUGGAACAAGCUGCACAAAUUCAAAUCAAUCGUACCGAUGGUGCAGCUUUCAUGGAGGUUGGCAUGCGAAACUAAAAUUUCAAAUCUACACCUGUUCAAUCUAAUCAAGGACUGCUUGAAGCGAACAAUGAUAUACAAUUACUUGAUACUCGAAUUUUUAAAAGGCAAGGACGUGGAAGUGCAACAUGGUAACCAACUCAGGAAACAAGCGCAUUAUUGCCAAGAUUGCAAAGCCGAGGUGUUCAAUAUAUUAUUCUAUAAGAAGACAAAGAAUAAGGAUAUAUUUAUGGUAUAUUGCAUACAUUGCACGCUGAUGCAAUCCUUGUCGUUGAAGAGAUUUUACUGUUUGCAAAAAUAUCAUAUGGAAGAAUUAACGGAGAUUUAUGAUAAAUUUACCCACUCUAUUGAUUACUGAGAUUACAUAUCAUUUCCUUAUGGUCGUUGUUUGUACCGUCAUUGUAGAUAUAAAUUAGCCAAUCUUAUUGAUGUAUCAUAAAUGACAAUCUUUCUUAAGAGUAUCCUUUUUAG